CUCGUGAGGGCGCUGUGAACUUAAUCCAAAAUGUGCACGUGAGUUUCGCUGCAACAUAUGUUAACGACCAUGGUAGGAUUGUCCACAGUUUGGAGGUGUUUUUUGCCUAUUUUAGUGGCAUUUUACAGUGUGUAUUAUUGGCAGUUAAUCAGUAGUUGCCAUUACUACAGUAGCGAUGCUGUGCUCAAAGGAAAGACAGUUAUAAUUACAGGGGCCAAUUCAGGUAUCGGCAAAGUGACGGCCCUGGACUUGGCCCGGCGAGGCGCUAGAGUCAUCCUCGCCUGUCGCAAUCUCCAGAAGGCCGAAGACGCCACCAAGGAGAUCAAAACGCGUACGGGCAACUCGGAGGUCGUGGUGCGCCACCUGGAUCUAGCCAGCCUGCAGUCUGUCAGAGAGUUUGCGAGCAAGAUCGUUGAAAGUGAAGACAGAUUGGAUAUUCUGAUCAACAAUGCGGGUAUUGCAUUUGCCAAAGAGGGUGACGUCACCAAGGACAGCUUCCACGCCAUCUUCGGCACCAACCACUUCGCCCACUUCCUGCUGACCAAUCUCCUCCUGGACCUGUUGAAGAAGAGCGCCCCAAGUCGGGUGGUCACCGUCUCCUCCAUAGGGCACAGAUGGGUGUCCGUUCCCUUGGACUUCACCCGCGAGGACCCCAGUGGACAGAGUCCCGUUCUGUACCCGUACCUGAAGGAUUACUUUCUGAGCAAGCUGGCCAAUGUCCUCUUCAGCCGGGAGCUGGCCAGGCGUCUGGAAUCCACCGAUGUCACCUCUGUGUCGCUCCACCCCGGCAUGAUUUACACCCCUAUCUGGAGUCACAUGUCCAGGGACUGGAUCACUAGUGUCUAUCACUUCUUUAGUCUUCCAUUCUUUUGGCUGUUCUUUAUUGAUGAGGAGGCGGGUGCCCAGACCACCCUUUACUUUGCCUUAGACGGCGCAUUGUAA